AUGGAGAUCAAACUAAUUACUAAUAAAGUUUUGCUGCUGUGUACCAUUUUCCUUGUGGCCUUCAGUCUGGAUUCACAUGCAGGAAGGGAUAUUCCAAGCGCCGAUGAUGCUUAUCAUCCUCAGAAUCUCUUCAAUGGUUUUGGUGGUGGCGGUGGGUUUGGUUUUGGAGGUCCAUUGUCUGGUUUUGGCGGUUCAGGUUUUGAUCUUGGUCCAGGUUUUGGUGGUCCGGGUGUUGGUCCUCUAGGUCCAGGGGAUGGCUUUGGUGGCCCUGGAGGUCCAGGGGGUGGCUUUGGUGGCCCCGGGGGUGGAGGUCCAGGAGAUGGUUUUGGGGGUCCUGGUGGUCCAGGGAAUGGCAUUGGUGGCCCAGGGGGCGGAGGUCCAGGAGAUGGUUUUGGGGGUCCGGGAGGUGGUUCUGGAGGUCCAGGGGAUGGUGCUGGUGGUCCAGGGGGUGGUCCUGGAGGUCCAGGAGAUGGUGCUGGUGGUCCUGGAGGUCCAGGGAAUGGUUGUGGUGGAGGUGCAAGGGAUGGAUUGGGUCCAGGCUUCCCUGGUAAGUCAUCAUCAGUAUCAGGAAAGAAAGGUGAGGGUGAUGGUGGACUUGCUGGUAGGAAAACUCCAUGA